AUGGGAUCUGUUGUUCUACUCUCGCUUCACGGUUCAGAUUAUACGGAUCGCGGAACCCCGACGCAUAUGGAGGCGCCAAACGCUUUAGGCAACGGCGGGCCCGAAAGAGAGCCCCGAAAUGAGAUAGAGCUCACCGCCGGCGCCAUCGCACAUCUACCGGCCGAUAAAGCGUUGUAUAAAUCACGUCCAGUACUUAACAGU